CUCGGAUCAGUUUUUACGUUGUGAUUUACAUACAGUGUGAGGCGGAUACUUGACAAUUUGCAGGACAUGUUGAAAUCGGAAAACCCCGAAAUAGGAGUGAAAUUAACAGGUGGUAUCUAAUGUCUGAAGUUGUUUCUACUCUGAGCUAUCAAUGCGUGUGAAGGAGCAUCCCACAUCAGCCACUAUGGGGAAGAAACGCAAUAAAACCAAACAAAAUGACUACCAUAACACAUCGGAUGAAGAUAUUCUGAAGGGAAAGCCCUGUUCACACAUUGACAAAUCUGUCAAUUUAUCCGGCAUCAAGAAAGGAUUGAAACAAGCUGGUGGCUCUUCCAAACUGGGUCAAUGUGUGUCUUGUGUGAACGAUAAAGGAGCGACUGAGAAGCGUUUAGCAGCUAGUAGUGAAGAUAGCGGAGACGGACCAGAGAACACCAUCUGGCUCUGCAUGGUUUGUGGUAAUCAGGGAUGUGGUCGAGGUUCUCAACAUGAACAUGCCUUGAAGCACUAUGAGACACCUCGUAGUAACUUCCAUGCACUCUCAUUAUGUAUCAAUACUAUGCAAGUGUGGUGCUAUAAAUGUGAUGAUGCGGUGUUCUUGGACGACAGCAGGAAGCUACAUGAAUGUGUGGAAUGGUUGCGUAAAGAGAUGGGAGCACCCAAACUUCCAGCUAAGAAGAAAUCCAAGGAUUCUGACGGUGACUCGAUACCAAUGAAAGGGAGUAUGGUAGGAGGAAGUGCAUCGACUAACAGCGUCAAACAAGAAGGCUCUAUGAAAGUCAAGGGUCUCAACAAUUUAGGGAACACAUGUUUCUUCAAUGCAGUUAUGCAAAAUAUUACUCAAACCAACGUCUUGCGAGAACUCCUACAUGAGAAGUGGAUGUCUGGGAAGGAGGUUUGCAUUCCGGAUGAUACUCAUCUCCGCAUCUCACUGGACUCAUCAACUCAGACUCAUUUCUCGUUCGAUGGUCAGAAGAAAUCUGAAGAUUACAUUGAGCCACCGGCCCCAGUCACCAUUAGUCUUCCACCUCCUGGGUCAUUGACCUCUUCACUUGUCGGCUUCCUUGAUGAGAUGAACAAAGGAGGCAAGUCAAGCAUUGUCAACCCUAGAGGGCUCUUCAAUCAGAUUUGCCAAAAGGCGUCUCGUUUUAAAGGCUACCAGCAACAAGAUAGUCAUGAAUUGCUCCGUUAUCUUCUAGAUGGAAUGAGAGCAGAAGAGAUGAAGAGAAUGCAAGAAGCCAUCUUGAUGCACUUUGACAUCAAGGGGUCAAAGGUGAAGAGUCUAGACGAUGCUACAAAGAAGAAGAUUAAGAUGUAUGGUCUACAUUGUAAACAUACAUUUGUUGAUAGUGUGUUUAGUGGUCAGCUGUUGAGUCUGGUGCAUUGCAAUGAGUGCCAUGAGGUAUCUGAAGUACUAGAACCAUUCCUAGAUCUAUCGCUACCUAUCGUGGAAUCAAAGGGAAAGAGAAAUACAGCGCCCCCAAGACCUUCAGAGAAACAAGCCACAUUAUUAGAGAAGAGUUCAGAGGUCACAUCUCCCGUUACCGAGGCAUCGGGGUCAAGAGAUGAAAACAAACUCAGUAAACAUCAAAUCCAGAAGGCAAGAGAGAAAGCUAAGAGAGAAGCAAAGAGAAAGCAUCGUAAAUCACAAAGCAGCCAGCAGGAGACAACCAAUCAAGCAGGAGCUGAAGAAACUCCUAACCAAUCAGAGAAUGAAGAAGAAGUGUUCCAGGAUUCAAACGAUGCAGACAGUGAAACAUCGCUCUUUGAUCGUCCGGAUCGUAAAGGAAGUGUUGACUUUUCCAGGACGGUCCGAACCACUGGGUCUACUUACAGUCUUUCUAAUAAAGCGCAAAAUCAGACUGGAGCUGAGACUAAGAAGGAGAAAAUAACUGUCAAUGGUGGAACGAAUCAUGACAUCAAAUCGGAAAGAACUAAAUGUCAAGAUGAUCCGCCUGAGAUUGAUACUGACGAAGAGUCAAAUAAUUUAGUAGGAGGGAUUAAAAAAUUAACAAUUGAGAGCGCUCCGUUGAAAAGUCAGACAAAUGAAAACAAAAUGGAGUCAUCUGUGGCGGCUACCUCAUCAGAAAACAUCAACGGCAAUUCAUCAACAGCUCCUAAUCCUCCAAGUAGCUACGAUAUUACCACUAGCUCAUCAAAACUAUCUGAAGAACAAUUAGCCAAACAAAACGGUCAAACUGAGUACGUAGCCUGUAAUGGCUUGGGGAGCAGUACAGGGGAUAGCACAGCAAGUGCUAAAGAUAAUGAUUUGGUCAGUAAAGCUAAGGACCAGGCUAGCAAAGAUGAUACCGAAGCUAAUAAGUCUAGUAUUGCUUGUGGAUUUACAGCAGCUAAACUCGCUAAGCAGGAAGAUUUCUCACCGCCAUUGUCUCCCACCUCUCCAAGCCGGUCUAGAGUUAUGUCAACUUUAGCUCCUCGCUACCAGGGGAAGUCACUUGAGUGUUCUGUGGAAUCCUGUCUCAGCCAAUUUACCGUCCCAGAAUGGCUCACUGGAUCCAAUAAAUUCGGAUGUGAAAACUGCUCCAAGAAAUUAGAAGAGACAAACAAGGAGAAGAAGAUAGUCUACACUGAUGCUAGCAAGCAGUUACUCAUCCAUCAACCUCCUUCAGUUCUGACUCUCCAUCUUAAGAGAUUCCAACAGGUUGGAUAUUCAUUGCGGAAGAUCACAAGACAUAUUAAUUUCCCGUUGGUUCUCAACCUAGCUCCUUUCUGCAGCACCUCAUGCAAACCUUACAGCGACAGUAAUCAGCAAGUGAUGUACGCCCUCUAUGGCGUAGUAGAGCACAGUGGACGAUUACACUUUGGUCACUACACAGCAUUUGUCAAGGUGCGCCACUCGGCGGAAGCCUUAAGACGCUACGUACUCAGCAUCCCUAACAAUCUCAACUCCCUAAAUGAACAAUGGAACAAUUCCUUUAAACUUGCCAAUGGAGAGGACUGUGGUGUAGAAUCGGCUUAUUGUCAUGACAACCACUCAGCAUCCUCCUCCUCUUCAUCAUCUCGUAAGGUAACGCCCCCUGAAGGUAAAUGGUACUACAUCAGCGACUCGCAUGUCAGUGAAGUCACCGAGUCUAAAGUACUUAGCUCACAGGCUUACAUACUCUUCUAUGAAAGAAUCCUUUAGAGUCCUCAACUAUUCUGAAUCCAUCAAAAUCCAGCGGAAGGGUUGAUUAGUGUCAAACAGGUCCACUGAACCCAAUUUCAUUGAGUUGCCUUAAGCAGAAAAUUGCCCUUAACAAAUUCCUGCUAAUCACAAAUGAGCAGGAUACCAGUCACAAAUGCUGGUAACAUUAAUGUGCUUAGCAUCAUUUUGUUGUGCUUAGCUACUUUUCUGCUUAAUCAGCUCUAUGAAGGUGGGCCCUGGUCAUAUUAAAGACACCAAGGGCCCAACUUCAUAAAGCCUGUGAGCAUAAAAACUUGCUAAGCACAGAAGAAUCUUGCUUAACAGACACUGGUUAACAGCCAAAAUGCCAUAAUGUUUACAUUGUUGCAACUAGUGCCCCACACAGUUUUGCUCAGCAUUUUUUUCUGCUUAACAGCUUGAUGAAAUUGGUUCCUGGCAGGUGGAUGAAUUAUUCGUAUGUGUAGGAUGUAAGUUAAUGAUAGAGUGGUGUUAAUACUGAUAGUCGUAUAACAACUUAUUGUACUGCAAACUCUACGUGAAGAGGUCAAUAGUUAGAGCCUAGCCGCAAUCAUUACAAAAGGCCUUUUUACACUGUCGACUUUCUAUUUGUGUUGAAACUUAUCUGGUUAGAUUCAGUAUUGACUCAGUAAAGUUUCAACAGGGAUGCAAACUGUGUUGCUUUCACACUAGCUCUGCGCAGAAUCAUCUCUGGUUAGAGUCAGUUUUGACUCGGUAAAGUUUCAACAGGGAUACAAACUGCGCCGCAUUCACCCUAGCUCUGCUCUGCGCAGAAUCAUCCUCGGAUAACUGUUGAUCCAGGUAUUUUGUGAUAAUUUCACACUGCACGGUCUUAACCGGAUUCAAGCAGGACGCAUCGCUCUAUCCGGAUAGACACAGUGUUGAAAGUCGGAAAGUGAACAGUCGAUAUUGCACAGAUUGUUUCUGUGUCCAACACAGAUUUGUUUGUAGUGUGAAAAGGCCAAGAGAAUGUAGUCAAAUUCACAAAAGAACUAUGAUUCAUACUUAAUCUCGAUUACAUUGUACACAGAUUCUACUCAGAGAGUUGUUAGUAUUACAUAAUAAUAUCAUGUGCAUCAAUUGUAAUGAUUUCAAUUAUACAAUAGUUUAUUUGUGUGGAGUAUGAACUAAGCUGAGCUAAACAAAAAUCACUUUAUUUGUUUAAUUGCUGUGAUCUGCAGAAUUGCUGUAAUGCAAAUAAUGCAAAUUAAUUUAUUUGGGAAUGCAUUAGUAUUUUGAUAAAAAGUUUGACAAUGGGAGACUUUUGAGACGCUGGCGGCAGCAGACAUACUGGUCCUUUUUUGUUUGCAGCUCUGAGCGUGCACACACGCUCAGUAUUGCGUACUCAGGCCUGAGCAUGCGCAAAACUGUGAAAAAGGACUGUCCAGAAGUUUCCCAUUUCUAGUUGAUUUGAUAUCUUACUGAUUCUGCUUAUUUUUGUACUGACAGUGACAUAGUUACAUCGGUUACCCUGUGAAUUGUAUUGUACACCUGGUACCCUAUACUUGAAUAGAAAUGUAUCAAUUUUUAGUAUAACCCAAUACACAAAUGUGUGUUGGCACUGUACACUCAGUAUUUUCCUAAGUUCUGUGGAAAUAAAUUACAGGCAUUAUUACUUGGGUGGUAUUCAAACCCAUGACCGUUGCAAUUCUAGAGCAUUGUCUUACCAACUAGACCACUGAGAUUGCCCGGUGGCUUAUGUCGAGUGUAUUACACAGGUUAGUGGGGAAUUUUGGUUUGUGCGCGUGUGUACUCAACUGUACUAGGCAUUCUAUGCUUAUACAGCAAGUGCAGAGAUUUGUAUUGCACGUAAGCGGAGAAUGGUGAUUGCAAGUGCAGACUACGGUGGUACACAGGGACAUGACAUUGGCCCAGAAUGUUAGGUUGGUUGUUUAAAUGUUUGUGCUCCUGGAAUAUACCAAGGAAUGUUAUAAGUUAGAAUGUCAAAUUGAGGAACAUUUAGAAUUCAAGCUGUCUUAAGAGAGUUUUCAUCAGAAGGGAGUAGGUAAAUAUAACCUCUUAGAGAAUCCAAACAUCUUUCAAAGCUCCUGUGAUAUUGAAAGAGUUGAUUCAGCAUUUAAAUGUUAAUUUCAAAAUUAUCAAAUAAGUGAGUUUCGUGAAUGCUAAGUUGAUGCAAAACCAAAAUCUUCAAAUCUGGAAGGUAUUUAUAUUCGUUGAAGAAUAGACUGAAAGUAAAAGACUUGUUUUAUAAGGAAACUUUCUAAAAAGCACAAUAAUUAUUUGAUUUGCUGAAAUGUUUUUGACAGGUUGUUUUAUGACGAUUCCUAAAAAUUAAAAGAAAUCAACACUGUAGCAAACCUUGCAAGGAAAUCUGUUUUGUGGAAGAUUAAGGUAGAAGAAUUAAUCUUUGUAUUUUUGUAGAAUUUCUUUUAAUUUGGGCAAUUGAUGGAAACGCUUUUGCAAUUAUGAAAAGUUGUGUUUCUUUUUAUGUUUGUGUAGUUUCAUGAUAGAAAUUUGUUUUAUAUUUUGUUAUCAAAACAAUGUUGGGAUGUUCUCAGGAAUUUAUAAGUGGAUUUUUAUCCAAAAACUUAACAAGAUGGUCGCCCGCAACAUUUUUCUUGGUGUAACCUUUUUUCAGUAUUGUAGAUUUUCUAUUUAAUAGUUCCAUUCAUAUAUGCGACAGACUUUAUUGCUAAUU